GUCUGCGUCGAUCUACUGACCCAUUUUCUGACAUGUCGGCGUACGAUCACGUUGCCAGUGGGUCACUCAAGCUGAAGGGAUCCAGCGGAGGCGUUAUAAAGAAAAAGAAAAAAUCAAAAAAGUCGAAAUUGCAAGAUGCAACUAGACAUGUAGCAGCCGACGAAAAGAAAAGAAGCACAUAUGUUGCUAUCGAGAAAACGCCGGCAGAGCUCAAGUUUGAGGAGACUCAGCGACGACGACAAGAGGAAAAAAUACGAAGAUCAGCCGAAAAAUCACAUAAGGAAAAGGUCGCCGAGUUCAAUGACAAGCUCGAACAGCUUAGUGAGCAUUACGAUAUUCCUAAAGUCGGACCAGGCUAACAUUGGCUUAUCAUCGUCCAUCAGGAGGACGGUUUGGUACGCAUAUCAGUUUUUUGGUUUUGCGGACUCAAUAGUAUUGCUUUUUUAAUUUGUAAAUUGGGAAUAAAAAAAAGAUAUCAAAGCAAAUCACAAAUACAGAUAAUAUAAAACGUUACGCUCAAAAAAGUAUUUGGUUCUAAUUUGGCGUCAUAGCUAGAGACUUCAAACUUUGCUUCCAUAGCUUAAUCCUAGUUCGGAUACCUUCGUACUCGUCACCUUGAACAUCAUCUAUGAAAGAAGAUUCAUAUCAGCU